ACUUGAUCCAUCGUAUAUCUUGACAUCCGAUACAUAUAAGCCUUUCAAGCUUCCGUCCUUGUCUCCCCACUCCCAUCGCCUAUGAGCCACUUCCUGUUAACACUCAAUGUCAUUUUUCAACUCCACAAACUUAAGCCAACCUACUUCUCAGUUCUAGCCUGACAAUCUUUUCCUCUUGAGCGGAAGCUAAAAUGCCACCUAUGUUCCUACCCGAGCUACCAGAAGGACUUGGAUGGCCACCUAUGUUCCUCCCUGAGCUUCCAGAAGAACUUGGAUUAGAAGGUUACAUCAUCCUCGCCGGUACACUUAUAUUACUUCUUCAAUUCGUUGUCUCCCCUUUGUUGAUGAUACUUGGGUUCGGCAAGAUUGGAAUUGUUGCAGGAUCCAUUGCAGCGAAGGUUCAGUCCCUUUUGCGGAUCGUAGUCUCAGGAAGCAUUUUUGCCAUUUUACAGAGUGCCGGAAUGGGCGGAUAUGGAGCAAAGGUGAUUGCCGACGUAUUGACGGUUGCUGGACUUUUGACUGUGUAUGUUGGUGUUGUGCUUGCCGCUUGGUCGAAGUGGAAGACUGGAUCAUGAUGGGCGUCACCGGUUUCCUUGCGCUUUGUCCUUUGUUGGAUGAUCACAUUCAAUACUUUGUAAUGCAUGAUAUGCCCAUGUUACUUUGAACCAUUUACAUCGGGUGUUCACGACCAUAACUGCGCUUUCUUGCGAAUGAUCAGCUCUGGUUAUGCAAAAACCCCGCCAACAGUACCAGCAGGUAAAAC